AUGGCUCCCCCCGCGGGCACCUCCCUCCUCGCGCGCGCGCGCCAGGCGCUCGCGAAGUUCGUGCGCCCGCCGUGGAGCUACACGGGGCCGACCGCGUCCGCGGAGUUCCGCGAAUCCAUCCCCGUGCUGGGGGAAUACCGGCCAUUUGCGCCGACCAACCCGCCCGCCAAGGCGUCGAUUCCGCAGAGCGAUCUCGACCGCGUCUUUAACAUUAAGUACCACGACCGCGAGCGGCGCCGCGCGGUGUUCGAGACUAAGAAAGAGGAGCUUACCGUUGCGCAGAUCAUGGAGGAGAUCCGCGGAGGCGGCGCGAGCGCGGAGGCUUCGGGGGAGGCUGCGGGGGCGGGGGGGAGCUCAGGGGGGGGUUCCGCUGAGUACUCUCCGCCGACCCCCGGAAAGUGGUAUUUCCACGGGCAAGAGCGACAUUUGAACGAUUGCCCUGGCGACGGUUACCAGAAGUGA